AAAUAAGUCGGAACUCGGAACGCCAUUUUCAGUCCGCUCCUUUCGUAAAAACGUGUUGAAAAUUUUGUCGUUUAUCGAGUGAACGCAUUAUUCUAUAGAUAUUAUUUAGUAUUUAAGAAUACAGACGAAGUAAUCAUGGGAGUAACAGUUGAAACUAUUUCUCCUGGUGAUGAGGCCACAUACCCUAAAAAGGGUCAAACCGUCGUGGUGCACUACACAGGCACCCUGACGAGCGGACAGAAGUUCGACUCUUCCCGCGACCGUGGAAAGCCCUUCAAGUUCAAGAUCGGCAGAGGAGAAGUUAUCAAGGGAUGGGAUGAGGGUGUCGCUAAGAUGUCAGUCGGUGAACGCGCCAAGCUGACUUGCACCCCCGACUAUGCGUACGGCCAACAGGGCCAUCCGGGAGUCAUCCCGCCGAACUCCACCCUCAUCUUCGAUGUGGAACUCAUUCGUCUGGAAUAAGCACAACAUUCUCUCUCAUAGACACUUAGAUUCUUGCUGGUAACUUAUUUUCUGAACCCAUUGAGCCCCAAGCGGCCCAAUUGGUCCCAGACUUAAUAGAUUUUCUAUUGUGUCUGUGGUUCCGGGGCCUGAGUUAUUACCUCAAAUCUAUGAAUGUAUGUAGGUAGUCAAUUCUCUAUUGAUAUGAGUGAGUUAAAUGUUUAAAAAUAAUUAAAUACUAUGUGCGUAAGACUUAUGGAAUACUCACUUUUAAAGACGAUUUCCAAAGCAAGAUUACAACUGGGAAUUGAUACAAUCUUUUCAUGAUAUUUACUUGAUAAAUAGUGAAAAUAUAGAAGAUACGUUACCAGAUUUAUGUGUAAGCAAAACCAUGAAAUAAAUUUACUUUGCACCAAAGUGCAUUUAACUGCAUUGUUUUAGCUACAUUCCGCAGUGACGUCAAUUAUUUGUCUGUGGUUUUUCUAUUUUACAGUUUUCUGAAACAUUAAGUUUACUUUUUUUAUUGUAAAGAUACCAAAAGCUUGUAAGGUUUAAGAAUAAACAUUGUGAAGGAUUGGAA